AUGGAGAAGCUCGAGCAGGCUACGAGGUCGCUGGCAGUCAUACGCAAGAACUACAGCUUGCGGGACCCGCACUGCCGGUUUGAUACCAACGAGGAGGGUAUCACGACCUUGGCAGACUACAAUGUCCAGAAGCUGACCACCAUGCGAGUCUUCUUUGUGACCACUGGCACUGCACUCGAGAGCCCGAUCCUGUGGAUAGAGAUGAGUGUGAUUGCGAUUGUCUACUGGGGCACAUUUGCGGUGCUCAUGCACUUCCGAUGGGAAGGAUUCAGCGAGUUUGUCGGCAGCGACACGGACGUUAGAGCUUUCAUCGAGAUGUUCUCAACGCUCAUCGGGCUCCUCCUGUCCUUCUACACAUCCUUGAACAUCGCCCGCUGGUGGAGCCUGCGGACCCAGGGCGUGGCGGGCAUCGCCCAGGGUGCCUCCAAGCUCACGAUCCUGCUCUCGCAGGGCGUCACGAGAAACACGGAGAUACUGGAGGCCGUUCGCCGAUAUGCCCUGGGCUCGCUGAUGCUGCUGUUCCACAAGGACGAGGAGGACGAGAAGCAGCUGGACUUUCUCGUGGGCAGGGAGAUCUUGACGCAAAGCGAGGCCGACAAGCUGUGGCAAGCGGGAGAUGGGAGGUGCUACCCAGAGGCGUUAUGGGUCUGGUUGGCCCACAUCGUCACCAGGUGCCACCAGGCUGGCCUGGUCGAUGGCCCGCCGCACUACUGUGCCCUGCUCGCUGCGGUCGACGAGGGGAGGACCGGCGCUUCCGCCAUCAAGACGAACAUGGAGACCCCCAUCCCGAUGGGUUACGUGCACCUCCUGGGUCUGAUGGUCAAGCUUCACAAUGUCAUAUUGGCGGUCCUGAUGGCUCUGGUGUCGGUGAAACACGCCGGGAACAAAGACUCGGUGGCCACCAUUCGCGCCAUGUUCAGGUGUUUCUUCAUGCCGCUCCUCUACAAUGCCAUUUUGAUCAUCAAUGACGAGCUGACCGAUCCCUUCGGCAAGGACGUGUCUGAUUUCCCCGCCCAUGUCCUGUGCCGGCGCCUGUUUGAUGACGUGACAAGCUUCGUCGAAAUGGGGGACCACCUCCCCGAGUGGAUCGCCAAGCUCGACGUCAAGAAGGAGGCUGCGCAGCGAGGCGGCCCACGAGGGUCUGCACAGCCCGUGGGCGCAGUCUGA